AUGCAGGGGACCCUGGAGGAGAGGACCUUCGCUGCCCUCUCCUCUUUUCUCGAUCACGGCAGCAGUGGCUUCUUAGCGACCACUCGACGCUGUCUCUGCGACGCCUCUCCGUCAUCUAGGACGGCCUCGGCUUCCAGCGAAGGGCACACCCCAAAACGCCGCCCUGAACAUCCCCCAACGCAUUCUUUGUAUCCCGUUUUUGCACUCUGUGUGCUGGCGGCUCUGUGCGCCAUAUGGCGGCAUUCAAACGUAGGCGCUCUCGUAUCAUCUGCGCCUGCCUUUGGAAUCUUCCGUUCCACGGACCGCGGAGGCGCAUCCCACUUCGAGGGAUCUUUGCCUCUUGGCAAUGCAGCAUCUGCUCUGCACUCUGCUGAUGUCAAGCAGUCCCGCAUCUUCGGGCCGAGUGGCCUCGCCUCAUCAGCCCCCCACUAUUCAGCUGGAGAGCCUUCCGUGCGGCGUCUGUCCGAAGAUGAGCAGAUCGAGACACCCACCGGUUCCAUCCCGAUAGCGCCGUCUCUCGCCUUCUUUUCUUUCCUCUUCUUCUUUGCCAUCUUCCUCCAGUGGCUGGUCUCGAAGAUCCCCGUGUAUCCACCGCCAGUCUCUAUUGUCUGGUUCGUGUUCGGCAUGGCAGCAUACGGAGUUGCCUCUAUUCCGGCACUCCUGCCGCAGCAGCCUUGGGAGAAGCCGGGGGGAUCGGCAGCGACCCCAGGGGCCUCAUUUCAAGCUCCGAUUCGUGGGCACAAUAUCCUCCAAACGGCCAUCCUAGAGAUGCGAUUCAUAGACAGCUCCAUCGUGUACUAUGUCAUGAUGCCGAUCCUGCUGUACGAAGCAACACAGAAUAUCAACUGGCACAAAUUCAAGAAGUUCUUGGCUGGGGGCCUAACGCUGGCUGUCUUAGGAGUCGCUCUACAGGGAGUUGCAGAGACUCCUUUUUCCACCUUCAUCAUGUUCGUAAAGCUGCUUUUUCUAGGCCCCGCAUUUGGCAUUGCCGUGGGGCUUGUUGCAUAUGCCUGGCUGCUCUUCUUCCGGCGUCACCCACUCAUGCAGUGUCUCGCAUACAUCACCUUCUGCUACGUCUCCUACUUCUUAGCCGAAGCCGUCUUCUCACUCUCAGGCCCGCUGACUGCUGUUUGCUACGGCCUCUUCAUAAAGGCAUACGGGCACAUUGCACUGGACAGGGAUGCUCAGACCAAGCAUCACACGUUCGUGGCAGCUUUAGCCUUGAUGGCAAAUUGCACGAUUUUCAUAGUUUCAGGCAUAGUGACCUACGGGAUGAUGAGUUCUGUUUUCACGCGAGACGACGGGCUUACGUAUUGGUUGCAUCUGCUGGUUACCUACUUGUACCUCAACGCCGCGAGGAUUUUCAUGAUUAUCUUUUUCGUUCCAAUUCUGAGACGCACUGGCUAUGGCCUCUCUUGGAAAGAAGCAGUGUUGUUGGUAUGGGGUGGUUUGCGCGGCGGCAUUGUCUUGGCGUUAGGACUUCGGAUCGAGCGUGAUGGUGACUUGGAUGCGGAGCUGACAAAUACGCUUUCCUUCUUUAUUAGUGGAAGCGUGUUUCUCAUUCUGCUGAUCAAUGGGAUUACGUUUGAGCUGCUCUACCGACUGCUGAAUCCCUAUCCCCCCAAGCCGUUUCGGCGCGUUUAUUUAGAGGCUGUCAUGCGCAUGAUAGAUCACCAGUACUUGGAGGAUCGGAAGGCCCUUGAGAAUCAUUGGCUAUUCAAGGGGACGGACGUAUUGACACAUGCAGAUCGUGUGGUGCCGCGUCUUGGGUGGCGGAAAGUUGAUAGGUUGGGAAAUUUGGACAUAAAGAAUCCCGACAUAACGCAAGCCUUCAUGUGUCUCCACGAGGCAGCGAUAUACUCGUGGGUCGUGCCUGAAGAAGAAGAAGACAAGGAAGAGGAGGACGGAGCGGACGAGGAGGAGGGAGAGGAGGAAGCCACUCAGACGCCCAGCGGAAAGCAGCAAGAAGGCGAAAAGGAUGCUCGAGAUUUCGACAGCAGUGUCAGCUAUGAGGCGGCUUUAUGCAGAGGAGGCUCGCGCAGUCCCCUGCCUGCGCCGAGUGGUGUCUCGAUGCUGCUUGCUUCGCCUCAACCUGGUGUCUCGCUCAGAGACGUCAUCACUGACACGUGCACUUCCGACAUGAUGAAGCGGGGGGUUCUAGACGCUUCCACUGGAGGGGGAGCAGCCGUGGGAGGAGGAUCGCUCGUCUCGGGAGGUGUGAGGGGUCCUUCACCUAUCACCGCUGUGCAGAAAAUUGCAGUUUCCACCAAAGCUGCUCCAGGCAGCGUGCACCUCGUAUCGCAACUUCCUGAGGCUUCUCAGCAGGGGAUAGUCGCAGAGGACAAGACUGGGGGAGCUGAAGGAAGCCACGAUCAAGCGUAUGGCGAUGCAGAAGUCACACCCUCCGUGGUUUCCUCUGUACUUGCCUCUCCUGAUGCGCAGCCCUCCAGAGAGCGAGAGAGGGGGUGCCUCCGCAAACGCACAGAAGCCGAACAAGUCAGGAGCACUCGCCCCCUUGAGCGACAGGCACACAGUCUGGCAGCGCUUGGGCAAGGCCUGAAGCCGUCGGAGUCGAGGGGUUUUGAUCCGAAGUUUAAUUUGCGGCUCAUAGAGCACGCCACGACGACAGCCCCCGCAGAUCGCGAAGUCUCCGUUCUGCUCGCCCCCUCCGAGCCGUGCAGCGAUGGCGGCAGCGAAGGUGGCACGAACGUCGACGUUCUGGAAGUGACUCUGCAGGGCAAAGAUCCGAUGACACAGGCACCGCUGUACACCCUCACGUGUCGAGGGGGGGGAACCGCUCCAGGCGAGCACUCGAACGAGAAGAAGAAGGAAAGGGGGGGCGGAGGAGGCAUGGUGGAGAGGGCCCUCACUACGCUCAAACGCGUCAUGGCUCCUCUGCAUGUAGACGCAACUCCUGUCUCCCGCUUGACGUCUUCGGGAACUGACUUCAGACGCAGCCGCACUGUUGGCCUCAACAGUCUCGGCAGCAAGCAGGAGGAAAGGGGCAGACGCCAGGGUGUCGAUACACCUGGGCUUUCGAAGAGCAAGACGGGAGUUGGUGCGUUCAGAGGCAACAGGUCUGUGUCGCUUCUUCCGGAGGGGGCAGGAGGGGGGGGAGGAGCCUCUUUCCUCGCGCCUGCCUCCCCGUGUUUCAACAUCAGCCUCAACGGGGGGCCGAUGAUCGUGGACGGAAACUCUCCCAGAGAGCCGGCGGGAGCUCCAAGAUUCGACACCGACGCCACCCUCAUCUUCAACAAUCUCCCCGACAGAAGUCAAGGCCCACGCAGGCACAAACGCAGACUUUUUCGCUUGCUGUCUGGCAAGCAGCCUGCGAAUAAGCACCGCACCAAUCUGGGUGCCCCCGACUUCGAACUAGGGGGUGGAGGAUCGUGCGGCUCCCGCCGAUCUUUUGUCUCCUCCGCUGGCAGUCCCCCCACGCAUGCAACUCCCAUGGAGGGUAAAAAUUAUCGCAUCGUACCUGCCGCAGUGCCUCUCGCGUCGGUUCUUGAGGGGCAAACGCGUCUUUUUAGGAGGCUAGGCACAGGUCCAGCUCCUGCAACAGCAGAUCCUAUGGAUGAAGGGCAUCUCCGCAGCAUGAAAGAACAGGAGGCUGCUGGAGGACCUCUUGCCAUUCAACGUGUGCGAACGAGCUUCUCCUUGGCGAGUUCAGAAAGUUACUUCGAGGUCAGUGUUGCGCAAAAGGAUUGGAUACAACGAUUUCGCGGUUGGGAAGGUUCGUCAGAAUCCGAUCCGUGCGUGGGCAAACGCGCUGCAAGAGGGGGGUCACGAACACCACCCUAA